CACCAAAUUAGCUUCUAAUUCCAAUUUUCCAUAUCUACCACUGAGGUGAGAUUUGUGUGUGUGUGUGUGUGUAUAAGUGUAAGAUUCUCAGAGACAGAACCCUAACCUUAGAACUCAAGCCAUUCAAUCGCCUUAUCUCACUUGUCAGCAACUUGAGAUUCUUCAUAAUUUAUUUUGGUAAAAUAUCAGGUUCAUGCCAUGGAGAUACCAGACGAGGCAGUCAUUAUCAAUUCUAGUAGGUUAAAAUCUGUUGUAUGGAACGAUUUUGAUAGAAUUAAAAAUGGUGACACUUGUGUGGCUGUUUGUAGGCAUUGUAAAAAGAAACUUAGUGGUUCAAGUACUAGUGGAACAUCACAUUUACGAAAUCACUUAAUCAGAUGUCGGAGAAGAUCAAACCAUGACGUAGCUCAAUUGCUUACUAAGGGAAAGAAAAAGGAAGCAACCGCUGCUCUUUCAAAUUUUAGUCUUGAUCAAGAGCUGAGAAAGAGUGAACAGUUUUACCCUGUGAAUACCAAAUUUGAACAGGAGCAGACAAAAGAUGGAUCCAUCAACAUUGGAAAUAAUAAUUUUGAUCAUAAGCGAAGUCGGUUUGAUCUUGCUCGCAUGAUCAUCUUACAUGGUUAUCCUUUAUCUAUGGUUGAUCACACUGGAUUCAAAAUAUUUGUUAGAAAUCUCCAGCCUUCGUUUGAGCUUGUGACAUGCAAUAGAGUUGAGGCUGACUGUAUUGAAAUUUAUCUGAAAGAGAAACAGAAGGUGUAUGAGGUGUUGGAUAAAUUGCCCAGUAAAAUCAGCCUUAGUGCUGAUAUGUGGUCUACUAGGGAAGACACUCAGUACUUGUGUUUGACAGCCAACUACAUUGAUGAUGCUUGGCAGUUAAAGAAGAAGAUUUUGAAUUUUAUAAUGGUUGAUCCUUCUCAUACGGAAGACAUGCUGUCUGAAGUUAUCAUGACCUGUCUAAUGGAUUGGGAUAUUGAUCGAAAACUGUUUUCGAUGACAUUUGAUAGUUGUUCCACCAAUGACAACAUUGUACGUAGAAUUACAGACCGGCUUUCGCAGAACAGGUUUCUUUUGUGUAAGGGUCAAUUGUUUGAUGUACGUUGUGCUGCAAAUUGUAUCAAGUUGAUGGUUCAAGAUGCUCUGGAUGCACUAUCUGAGGUAACACAUAAGAUUCGGGAAAGCAUUCAGUACGCGAAAAGCUCACAAGCAACUCAAGAAAAGUUCAACGAGAUGUGUCAGAUAGCUGGAGUUGAUUGCCAGAAGUGCGUUUUAUUUCUUGAUAAUUCAUUGCAAUGGAAUUCAACAUAUUCCAUGCUUGAAGUUGCUCUAGAGUAUAAAGAUGUGUUCUCUCUCCUCCAAGUACAUGAUUCCAUCUACACAACAUGUCCAUCUAAUAUAGAGUGGGAAAGAGCAAGUGUCAUUACUAGCUACUUGAAGCUCUUUAUUGAAGUUUUUAAUGUUUUCACAGGGAGCAGGUAUCCUACUGCAAAUAUAUAUUUUCCUGAGAUUUGCCAUAUUCAUUUGGAGUUGAUUGAAUGGUGCCAGAAUUCAGAUGUUUAUAUUAGUUCUUUAGCAUUGAAGAUGAAAAGCAAAUUUGAUGAUUAUUGGAAGAAAUGCAGCCUGGCUUUGGCAGUUGCAGCCAUCUUGGAUCCCCGAUUCAAGAUGAAGGUCGUGGAGUAUUACUAUCCACAGAUUUAUGGCAGUAGCGCUCCAAAUUGCAUUGAUAUUGUUUCUAAUUGUACGAAGGCCCUUUAUAAUGGGCAUGCUAUCUGCUCCCCAUUAGCUUCUGGUGGUGAUGGUCUGGCUUGUCAUGUUGGUAAUGGUGCUGGUAAUGAUUCUAAGGAUAGGCUCAUGGGUUUUGACAGAUUCCUUCAUGAAACUUCACAGAGUCAAAACAUAAAAUCAGACUUAGACAAGUACCUGGAGGAACCUCUUUUUCCUCGUAAUGUUGAUUUUAAUAUCUUAAAUUGGUGGAAGGUUCACACACCAAGGUAUCCCAUCCUAUCUAUGAUGGCACGCAAUAUUUUGGCAAUAUCCAUGUCAAAUGUUUCAAUGGAGUCAGCUUUUGAUACUGGAGAUAAAGUGCUAGAUCAUUGUUGGAGUUCACUAAGAUCGGAAACUGUGCAAGCUUUGAUGUGCGCUCAAGAUUGGAUGCAAAAUGAAUCAGAAGAUUCCAGAUAUUCCUCAAGCCAUUCUACCUUGGCGCUUUGCUAUGAUGCAAAUUAACAAGUUUUUGGUAUGCUUCUUUGGUUACCUUUGCGAUCUUCUCAUCGAGUAUUUAGAUAUCUAUCUGAAAACUCAUAUCUUAUUUCAAAUUCAAUGUAGAUAUUUUUGGGUCAUGUAAACAUCACCUUUUCAUAUGGAGCUGGUUUAGGAAUUUGAAAUAUUGUCGCAAAACCACUUUUUCCUUAGAUGGAAGUGUAAGCACUAAAGUGAAUUGCUUCCUUUUUAGGAUCUAGCUUGAAUCUAGAAUCGGUAUUUUCUGUA